UCUCCCCCCGUCACGGAUCUUACUUUUACACUCGCCUCUUCUAGCUCACGCUCGUCAUCAAACAUGACUCUUGAGGAAGUUCUGAGCCAGAAAAGCCAGAAAAGCACCGGGACAGCCCUGGAGGAUGUGCUGGUGAGCGCCAAAGAGAACGACUCGCUCACCGUGGGCGUCUACGAGAGCGCCAAAGUGAUGAAUCUUGACCCGGAUAGUGUGGCGUUCUGCGUGCUGGCCACAGACGAGGAGUUCGAGCGUGACAUCGCCCUGCAAAUCCACUUCACCCUCAUCCAGUCCUUUUGCUUCGAUAACGACAUCAGUAUCGUCCGUGUGAGCGACACGCAGCGUCUGGCCGAGAUUGUCGCCGGCGAGUCCCCGCAGCUUGAAGACGCCCACUGUGUCCUCGUCACGAACCCAGCCGAUGGUUCUUGGGAGGACCCCGCUCUGGAGAAGCUGCACCUGUUCUGCCAGGAGAGCCGCCGUCUGAACGACUGGGUCCCCGAGAUCAGCCUCCCCGGGCGCUGAUGUGGGGGAUUCUAAGAUGCUGUCAAAGUUUCUCAUCUGGGAAAUAUUCACCCUGGUGGUCAGGAUGAGCGUGUUUCUGCACAUCCCUGGAUACUCCUGAGGAGGAUUCUCCAAUCCAGGCCGCACGGCGCCGGCCCGUUGGGGGCCGCCCGUGGCACCGUCGCCUCUUGUCCCGUCCAUGCCAAGAUGACUCUCAUUCUUUGUGUGAAUGAGGUCAGGCAUGCCUCAAGAGCGACACAUCGACCCUCAUUCUUUGUGCGGAUGAGGUUUGGAAACAAAGGAGAAGCACGCGCAGCUGGAGAAGAAGCGGUGCUGAGGAGGAGGACUUGUUAAAAAGGACUUUUUAACAAUGGCCUCUUAGGCUGAGCAACAUGACAACAGUUGCAAUCGGCGCAAAUUUUCCCCACUUUCCAGAAUGGUCCUAAUUCUCUAAAGGUUUCACUUUAGAAAUUUCACGACAACAACACCAACAAAAAAAAUCACUUAAGAAAUAUUGAAAAAAAAAAAAGAAACUGUGCCUAAUCUCUAAAGGUUUCACUUUAGAAUACGGCUGAUUUAAAAUAAUGGAAACAAAUAAGAAAGAUACUAUUAUUAUAAACGUACAAAGUGUCUUAUAUUAUCCCGAAGACAACAUAAACAGUAUAUUUAAAAAAAAAAAAAAAAGCACUCCUCCAAAGGUUUCACUUUGGAAUAUUGUUGAAUUCAACGACGACAACAACAAAAAAUCUUAAAAAAUAUUGAAAAAAAUAAAUACGCUGUGCCUUUUCUCUAAAGGUUUCACUUUAGAAUAUGGCUGUUUUUAAAAUGAUGAAAAACGCUCUUAACUUGAUAGACUAGUAAUAACUGGAAACAGUUCUAGUACAAAGUUUGUUCUAUUCUUAAAAAAACAAAACAGAUAUAAUGACAACAUAGGUAAAUAAAAAAUGUACUCCUCUAAAGGUUUCACUUUGGAAUAUGGUUGAAUUAAAUGAAUGUUAGAUAUAGUAUUAAAGGAUGUGUCAUUUUUAAGAAAGAUGUGUUAAAUUGUUGGAAAAUGACAAAUGGAAAUAAAUUAUGAGAUA